AUGAACGGACCGAGUGAGUUCACGGUUAUAGGGAGCCUAAAGAGCUGGAGCGUGAUAGAUCAGGUUCACGAGAUCUCCGUGCCCACCUUGGUAUUGAACACCGAGUUUGAAGAGGCAAGGGAUAGCAACACCUGUGUGUACCCUUGUUUCUCCGGCAUCCCCAUGGUGAAGUUGUACACCUUCGCUGGCGCCAGUCACUGUACCAACCUUGAAAUCCCAGACAAAGAUAUGGCCGUCGUGGCGCAGUUCCUGCUCAGCCCUUCGUGA